CACACUCAGAGAGCUGCUGUUGCAAUAUUUUUUUAGUUAAACCAAAAGAGUUCAUCACGUGAAUGCAACUGUAGUCGAAAAAAGGAGAUGAGAAAAGAGGGUUAGGCAUUAAGAUAGCUUCGCUAAAUUCACUUAUCGGCUAGUUCUUUUCCACUUAUCUCUGCCUUGCAAAGUGGUGAUUGUAAAUAUAUUGGCGUUAAAACGCCAUCAACGAAUGUGAUAAGUAGCGUUGUCUGAACAGAUCGCUUCAAAAGAGUUACUUUGUCAAAAGUAAUGCCAAAUGAAAGGGGAUAUUUAAUAAUCGGAUCCACACGGACCAAGUAUUCUGUAAUCUUUAAUUUCAUCUCCUCCGCCAUAACAUUUCGUAGCCUAUUAUAUAUAUAGUGCACAGCGUGGCACAAACAUUCUCCUUUGUUCUGCCUUCCUUUCGUUUUAACGUAUCUGUAGAAAAAAAGGCGAGAAGAAAGAACAGAAGAAGCCAUCUAGAUAUAAAUCAUAACAGAAAAGAAAAAACCGUAGAUAAUGUAAGAUUCAGCGGUCAAAACAACCACUUUCGUGUAAGAAUAAAAUUACAGCUUUAUAUUAUAACAGUAAAAUGAUGACAUUCAAAGAAGUCAAGUAGAAGAAGCAAAGAAAAGCACCUCUUUAUAUCAGGUAUCGAAUCAGUUAUUGUUUUGAAUAAGACAGCUGUGUGUACACAAUAGGAUGGACAAUCAACUAGCACAAUCCAGUUGGAUGUCAGCAUGUUGACUGCUUGAGAUCUUAAAGGUUAUUUGUAUUUUGUCUUUGAAGAGAAAUAUUAUCAGAUAAAUAUUCUGAUACAAAGGACAGUAUAAAAUCUAUUUCAUUUCUUCGGAAACGUCUUAACUCAAUAGACAACCAUGGUUAUCACCUCUUUUUAGUUAUCAACUUAUGUGGAAUUGUUUUUUCGCCAGUACAAGUACAAUAUCAGUCAUUUCAGCGAUUGUCAAUAGAUAAAAAGUAGAAGAUUAAUGUUAUUAUACCUGUUCAUUGUUUGCAAUGGUGAGUGUAAGACUAGAAACUGGAAAUAAUUCCAGACUGUUGACUUAGAAUUGCAAAUUGUUCUUUGAAAAGAUGCUGAUAUCGUUUGAGGGUAAGUUGAGUUAGUACAGACUACGGAAUGAUCACAAGACUGACAGAGAGGAGGAAGAAUUCAAUUAGAGAACGAUUUGUAGUAGGUAAUAAAUCUAAACAUGUGUUUGUUAUAUGAAAAUUAAGUCACAAGGAGAAAGAAUGAGGAAAAAGUUAGAAGCAAAUAGAAAAACUGUAUGCCUAAACUAUAGAAGAACUAUAUACGUAAAAAAUUAAUCUACAUUAAAACUAAUAUGAGACAAAAAACCAGAUAUGUAUAUGAUCGUACAAGAGAGAACACUUAUUAUUUCAUUGUCAUUGUAUAUCGAACGCUUCAGUCUCCUUUAGUUUUUACUACUAAUUCAUGUAGGUUUUUUCCCAAAACGCCAAACUUGCUGUUAGGAUGUAGAUUUAUUUACCGCCAUAGAUAAUUGAUCUUAUUGAUAUUAGAUAUCUUUACAGUUUUGUACAUUUAUUCUUAGUAACAUAACAGACAUUGUUAAAGCUUUUACACUGAUUCGUGCAUAAAAGUUAAAAGUUUAAUUGUUAUAUGUGUAUAGGACUACUAUUACGAUAAAGAUUUAUAAAUCAGAAAAAAAUGAAAGUGAUUGAAAUAAGUCUAGUAUAAUCUACAAAUUCGUUGUAGAGAGAUGCUUUCUUUUAAAUAGAAUCCGCUUUAAUUUGCCUCGUGCUCAUUUUUUUUCCAUUCCUUCUAUUUUCGUUGAGUCAAGGUAAACUCCAAUAUUAUUAUUCAUGUUAUAAAAGCAACUCUUUUUAUUGAAGUUAUUAGUCGUCGAGGAAACGCUCGAUAAUACCAUUGAAUAGUUUGUUACCCUAUAGUGAUGUCCAAUCCCGAUGAUAUUGAAUUUAGUACCGUUAAAUUUGGUAAUCAAUAUGGUCCUGUUCAUGUGGGAGUGCAACCGUUAAGUGCAUUUACUGGCUGGGACAAUAAACGAAUAACAGACGAUGAAAAAUCUCUAUUAAUUGCAAUGGCAGAAAAUGAAGGAAACUUCGAUUCUGUUCAAUCGUAUGACAGUGAAAUAGUAUCAGUAGGUGCUAUGCAAAAAACAAUUAAUAGAGAAGGUAAAGGUGAAUUUUCUAUUCAAGUAUGGCAAUU